GUUGCUGCUCCUUUCUUUAUUCUGAGAUGAGCGAUCCCUGGAAGCAUCUUCCGGGUGUGGCAUUUAUCUCCCCUCACACACGUUCUUUGCUUCGCUUCGGCACCGCACAGGCCCUGCUCCAUCGUCACUUGUCCCUGCGCUGACGCUCGCUGUGGCUACCGGUGGUCGAGCUCCUCCCCUUGGCCGCGCUCUCCUUCGCUUGUGCCUUACCCAUCGAGCUCCAGCGUUUGCCAGCUUAGAGCUCGCCCCUUGCGUGUCCCUCGUCUCCACGCAUGCAUCAGCUCCCUGCGCCCUCGCCUGCUGCUCUGGCUUGCCACUAUUUCGGUCCUACCCCACCUUUCCGGUUACCAGCCGUCGUCGUGGACACGCCCCGACAGUACCACCAAUUGAUCGUCGACUCCUAAAACCUCACCAGCGUUCUCCUCGCCACGCCCUAGAUUUAAGGAGAAAUCCCCGAAUUUGUAAAGGAGAAAGCGAAGUGAGCGCCGCCUACUAAGUGUUCGAUGGAAGGUCCGAACCGGGAACCUCGACUUUCUCACGGAUCUUCGGGUCGGUUUGUGAAUUGGUACGUUAAGGGAUCAUGUGAUAUGGAGGACCAGAGCUGAGUCGACCACAAUAUGGUGUUAAGCGUGGGCUUCUUCGCAAGGGAUACUUAUGAAUAAACUUGAAGAUUUGCGUGAUCGGAUCAAGCGUCAGGAUGUGAGAUGAUUGCCAAGUGGAUGUCAUCUAACAACACUAACGUAGUGUUAUCCCAGGCAAGCCCCGGUGCAUUUGCCACCUUCCUUGUAUUACAAAAUUUUAUCACUUAUAUGCUGCAUUAGGUAAUAGGAGUUGAAUGAUUAAACACUUGAUGCAUUACCAUCCUUGAAAGAUUGAUUAUCAUACCUUGUUACCUGUUUUAUAAAAACUAGUAAUGCUUAUUUUUGCUUAUAGAUUAAGAAAAAUGUUUUUGAUCUAUGACUCAUGAUUUUUAAAAAAGAAAAAGGGCUUGGGAUGAUGGAGACAUCCUCCGCGGGGAUGAAUUCAUCAUUCAAGCAGGGUACCUCUGCCAGGUAUCAAACUUUGAGAAUUUGUUUAAAAUGAGACCAGACGUUGAGCUGGACAGGUCGCCCGUCUGUGUCGAUUAAGGACCGUACCGAUUGUUGUCCUGCUGAUCUAGGACCCUUUAUCUGGCCACAUACCUCGUCAUGGGUAAGCUUGAACCCGGCUAUUCCAUACAUGAAAAGACAAUCGCGCACUGGGAGUGGAGAGAUGGCGAGAGUGGCACGUACCCUCCUGGCAACCGACCGCCUAUAAGGGGUGGUGUGCUCUCGGGUGGCGCAGACCUGUUCAUGUGGUGGAGGAUCCGUGGGAAUGGUAGACAUGUGCAAAAGAGUUAAGGGAAGCAUAUGUCGUGUGGUUGGAGAUCCCCAGCUGGGUAUUAAUCGAUUCGGAUCGCCGAACUUCUCGGAUAUGAAGACUGGAUCUUCGACCCUCAUCGUAGAUAACAAGUGAAACUAAAGCUGCUAAAAUGAAUCUAGUGUAGGACAAGCGAAUGAUCUAGAUUAGGAAAAUCUAGAUUCAGGAAAAUUACUUAACUGGUGAAGUAAAAGCUUGGCAUAAGGAUCCACUACUAGUAAGCUUUUCUGCAAAAAUGAGUCUUUGAAAUUUGAUAAGCUUUACCUUGAUUCCCAAUAAACCAGCAUACCCUUGAGAGUCUUUUCUUUAGUCGGGUAAGUCUUGCUGAGUAAUUGCGUACUCAGGGUUUUAUUCCCUGUUGUUUUUCAGGUUGUAAUUUUGUUCUGUUGUGGAUGGUGCUAAGUGCCGGUGGGCUCGGCCUUCUUAUAUAAGUAUAUCCCUUCUAUAGUUUCUUUAAUGAGGAUUGUCACUUAAGCUAGCAUGUAUUUCAAAUUUACAAAUAUUCUAUAACAUUUUAAAGUGUAAUUCUUUUGAAACACUUUCUUUUGUAAUCACUCCGAUGAGGUAUAAUAUCAUCUUGAUAAAUUUGUAAUCAUUUUGUAAUAAAGAUUUUAUUUCCGCUGCAAGUGUUUGUAUGUGAGUUGUGUUUACUUAAUCCUGCGAUCUUGGCGGUAAGUGGUUUAUCCGGGGUCCUUGGGACACUCGGACAGAUCCUGUUAAGUUGUUUGACGCACAUGCAUAGCCGUUUGAGGUCCUUGGGACAAGGACAGGUGCAUGUGGGCCCAAUAGCUUGGGAGGUUCUGCCACAGCUGGUAUCGGAGCAAGAUUAAGUAUAUAUGGUCACAUACGUAUUUUCAAAACAAAAGUUUUGAUUUCGAAAAACCUAUUUUCAACUAAACACAUUGUUUGGCUUUGAAAACAAUUUUGAAAAACUAUAAUGCUAGCGACAUCCUCUGUUAAUAAGCCCUAAACUAAGGACUAUCAGGUGGCUUAGUUGAAAAACCACUAACCCACAACCGGGGGUAUUGCAUUCAUGUGUAUUGUUAUUUUGAGGCUAUUCAGUUCUGAAUGGAUCGACGCUCAGGUAAGGUGAGAUGUGAGAGCGUGACCGAACAAACGUCGGUCUAGGGGAGAGUAUAAAAAGCGCUUGAUUAUAUACAUGUUACACAUAUGUAUAUAUGAAGGCUGCAAAGUGGAGUAAUUACUUUUUGGGAUUCAGUACCCCAUGGAGGUGUAUGGCCAUACAGACAUGGGAAUACUGAAAAGUGUAAUGUACCACAAUGGGCUGUCCUGUGGUUAAAGUGUGGCAGCGGCGCCUAUGCGUGGCUCGGCGCUUAAUGAGGAGCUGGCCUCCAUAUAGAAAUAUAUGGAGUAUAAACUGUGAUAAACUGUCAUGUGUGAAUUGCAUCAUUGGGAACAGGGCUGUGAUGAAAUUUUCUGCAGGUACACUAACUUUGAACUCGUAUGUGUAGCUGACGACUAGCAAUAUAUCGAGAGAGAACGUAGGUACGCCACCGAUAUAGAACGCUAUUGCCCUAUUAAGUUGGCAAAAUUCGUGAGGACGAAUAGGACGAGCAUGCAUCCUGAUUGUUGCAUUGUGUUUGUUGUUUGCGCACAAAAAUGCUUCCCUCACCUUUAUUCCAAUAAUUGGUAAUUGUGAACGAACAUGCUUUUCUCAUCUUUAUUCCGAUAAUAAAUAAUUGGAAACUUUAUGAAGUAUUACUGUUCUAUAAGCAAUUUCUGGCUUUGUUUGUUGUGUCCUUUAGACAUGUCUUUAUGUGGUUUGUGGUUCUUCUUAAUUUGACCGCUAGUCCAACUUGUGUUUGUUAUGGUAUGUUUGUGUAAACUAAAAAUCUGGCCAUGUCCUCACCCAGGAGCCAUGACCCGAAUCGAUGUUAAUUCCUCGAAGUUUUUUCCCCAGUUUCCAAAAGUGGACGAGUCUGAAUUUCUAUCGUUACUUUAGGAUCAAGCUUAUCUAAAUAGGUGUUUAAGUAAUCUUCUCGUAGAAAAUAAAUUCACCGGUGCUUAAGAUAAGGAUCUCGAGUCUAUGAUCUUGACAAUCCACUUGUAGCUCUCUUAUGGUCAUGUUUUCCUCGUAAGCUUCGACUUGUUCGGUUGGUGCAAACUGGUAUCCCUAUUCUAGUUUGCCUCUACUUGAGGAUCACAUUGUCGUUUUCUCAAUCUAACCUAGGAAAGGAAUGCCCAAUAAAUUUUCUUGAAUUUAAUGCCUUUGGUUUCCUCAUAUCUCUCGAAGGCAUAUUAAUUUAAUCUUCCGAUCGUUUUUCCUGUGUAUCUAAUCAGACGCUCAUCCUUGACCUUGAAAUUGCUACGAUGGGCAUAGAAAUAUGUUUGGGGCUAAAUUAACAGUCUCCCAUCAUACUCCUUUCAUCAAGUUUAGGUUAUGGCCAUGCCUUGUUCGUUUCAUCGGGCCAUGAUCUAUUUGGCUCUCUACUUGUAACCGUUUUGACAGGCAGAGUCUUUUUGUAUAUUGUCAUCCUGGCUCAGUCUAUUGUGUCGCGUGAGAUUUCUUAUUGGUUAUGUCUGGUAAUGGUGUUAUGACUAACACCGGUGGUGCCGUGACGAAACCGAGGGCCUUCUGUGUGUGCGCACACAUGGAUGUGCUGCUCGGCACGCGCUGGUAUCACAGUUAGUAGUUGUAAUCCAUUAUGAGACUAUGUCAAUGCGUUAUCUUGGCACAAUCUGUUUUUUUCUACGUGGGAUUCAUUAUUGGUGCCAGUUCGGUGAUGGUGUCAUGGUUAAUGACUUAUGGUGCCGCAGCGAAACUGAGAGCCUCCUGUGAAUGCGCACACAUGACUGUGCUACUCGUCGGAUGCUGGUAUCAAGGUCUCUGGUCAUGAUCCAUUAUAGAACUACCCUAAUAUGUUAUCUUUCGUAUAUCUUUUCCUUGAAAUAAUUUCUAUGUUGUUUGUCGAGUGAUCAAGCAACAUCUAUCAUCUCUGUUGGAUCAAAAGGGCAUACCCCUUUAAUGUGUGGUCUCUUGUCCCUUUACUUUGAUGGUGACUACUCAUACAAGUUCCCUUUGCAUCCUUUGUUGCAAAGGUGAAGCCUUGAAGCUUUUUAGUGCUGGAAGACAACUAAUUAGUUCUCAAAAUGAAGAUUGAUUUUUCCCUGCUGUUGUGAUGCAGGAGUUUGUUCAUUUGCUCUCUCGUUUAAUCCCUGUAUUUCCUAACCAAGUCAAUUCAUCUCGCAUGGAAGAAAUGGAUGAAAAACCUGACCAAAUGGAUUCCUGCCCAAAUGCAUGAUCAACUGUUAAUAAGAGUGAACUCUCAACCCUUGGCUUACCGGUGGUACUGAGAGGACCUGCUCAAUAUCAAAAGUAGUUCAACAAGUUGGUUUUACUAACUUGUAACUGCCCUAUGAACAAAGGUUGAGUUUAGAGAUCGUUUUGUCGAGUUGGCUAAACUCACUUUGGUUCAACCCAUCCUAAGAAAGUUCUUACCAAGAUCAAGUUAAAAUCGACUGAUAGUCACCUAAUUAUCGCUCUAGUCGUGCCUUGAUCGCCUCACGUGUGCUUUUCCAGCAUAUGUGAUCAGGUCGAGUCAUGCUUAGUGCUCAAAAAAGUGGGUUGAUUGUGAAGCCAACAGUUGUUGAAAAUCUUCACUGAUGUUUCCUUGAGUCUCCAUUAGCAUCAUUGGACUUGGAUUUUCUGGCUAACACGAGUUAACUGUGAUGUUAUUCGACAUUCACACCCGUCCCGUGUGCUAUAAACUUACCGUGAUCACUUGUUGGUAAACCUCUUUCUAUGUGUUUUACCCAAGAGGUUGCAUCUGAUUCUACUUGGGUAAAAUCGCGUAUUUACCGCUCGCCCAACAGACUUAGAUAGUACAGUGUCAUCAGAAAAAGCAAAUUGCACACAUGGAACCUUAUGUGUUCCUCUAGCAGACAUCGUCUCUAUUGGUGGACAUUCUAAAUGAGCCUAAGGCGAUACAUGUUAUAUCCACUAGAGAAACCACAUCCUGAGACACUCGCUCUCGCUCAGGACUGUCUCAUGAUUAUCGUUGAUAUGGAUAUGGGUUACAUGCUUCUCUAUUCUCAGAAGUCUUUCGCUCCGAAUCUCGGGACGAGAUUCUUUUAAGGGGGGAGGGCUGUAACAUCUCAGGUGUUUAUAUUCUGCUCGACAACGAGUAUGGAUUUAAGCACGUAAUAUCAGUGGAUAAAACAGAUGCUCAAUUUUAAUCAUCUCGCAAAAGUUCAAGUUUGGCGCCGUUUUCAUUUUCAUAAUUUAAGUAAAAAAAGGGGGUUCAUGAAGCUUUUGGAUUAUCGAAUUUUCGUCACUGGCGAAUUUUGAACUGUUCAGAUCACGCGCGUAAGUGAAUAUCAAAAUCAGAAAACUUCUGAUUUUAUGUAAAAAUUUGGAGCCCCGCGCUGUCCGAAAAGAGUAAUGCGCUAGCGCAUUAAUUGAAUUGUUCUCUAAGUCGAGUGUUCGAGUAGUGAACGAAAUUCGUCUAAAUUCAACUAAAUCAAACGUCGACUAAAAUAUCGAAUUUGAUCUCGUCUGGUUUAAUCCGUCUACACCUCGCUCCCGUGACGAUGCUGACAUCGUCUCCGGAGGGAUUUUCAUUGCGAUGUCGUGUUCGGCUCGCGUAGUUCAACAUUUAUUUAUUUCAUAUAGUGUCAAGUCUGGUGCCAGUUUAAAAUUAAUCGAAUAAGGCCGAUUGAAAACGUCAUCUAAAUAUUUUGCUCUUAUCUGAGCGGUUUUUACGAAUUCUGUAGACACUAAUAAGAGUAGGCUUUUUAAAUAAAAUGAACCUAAACUAAAUGAAACGAGAACAACGGUUAGCUGAAUCAGUUUCCUAUUCCAGAGUCUGAGAAAAAUAAUAUCGUAACCUAACAACAUUUUGAUCCAAUCUGUUUGUAUCUUGCCCAACAUUUUGAUCUAAUCUAUUUGUAUCUUGCCCAGAUCCGAAUCCCUAAACACGAAUUGUUUAAAAUUCUGCAGUAUAAAUUCCAAUCAAGAUAAAUCAUAGCCAGAGAUUCAAACAUGGAAUAAUUAUUGCGCUAAAAAUACAUCGGAAAGAAGAUUAUAUAAUAAUUAAGGAAAGAAAGAAAGUUCCAAUCUUCUAUCUCUGCCGUUAUUUUUCCUAACUACGUAUGCUGUCCCACUUCUGGUAUUUUCCAUUGUUCUUAUCUCAGCCACGUAUCCUUCUCCCUGAUCCAAAUCAAGCCAACGAAGGAAGCUUAUCUCUUUCCUAUGCACGUCAUCUUCAUCUAUUCCACGUACGUUUCCUCUGGUCCAUCCACGUUGCUGCUCCUUUCUUUAUUCUGAGAUGAGCGAUCCCUGGAAGCAUCUUCCGGGUGUGGCAUUUAUCUCCCCUCACACACGUUCUUUGCUUCGCUUCGGCACCGCACAGGCCCUGCUCCAUCGUCACUUGUCCCUGCGCUGACGCUCGCUGUGGCUACCGGUGGUCGAGCUCCUCCCCUUGGCCGCGCUCUCCUUCGCUUGUGCCUUACCCAUCGAGCUCCAGCGUUUGCCAGCUUAGAGCUCGCCCCUUGCGUGUCCCUCGUCUCCACGCAUGCAUCAGCUCCCUGCGCCCUCGCCUGCUGCUCUGGCUUGCCACUAUUUCGGUCCUACCCCACCUUUCCGGUUACCGGCCGUCGUCGUGGACACGCCCCGACAGUACCACCAAUUGAUCGUCGACUCCUAAAACCUCACCAGCGUUCUCCUCGCCACGCCCUAGAUUUAAGGAGAAAUCCCCGGAUUUGUAAAGGAGAAAGCGAAGUGAGCGCCGCCUACUAAGUGUUCGAUGGAAGGUCCGAACCGGGAACCUCGACUUUCUCACGGAUCUUCGGGUCGGUUUGUGAAUUGGUACGUUAAGGGAUCAUGUGAUAUGGAGGACCAGAGCUGAGUCGACCACAAUAUGGUGUUAAGCGUGGGCUUCUUCGCAAGGGAUACUUAUGAAUAAACUUGAAGAUUUGCGUGAUCGGAUCAAGCGUCAGGAUGUGAGAUGAUUGCCAAGUGGACGUCAUCUAACAACACUAACGUAGUGUUAUCCCAGGCAAGCCCCGGUGCAUUUGCCACCUUCCUUGUAUUACAAAAUUUUAUCACUUAUAUGCUGCAUUAGGUAAUAGGAGUUGAAUGAUUAAACACUUGAUGCAUUACCAUCCUUGAAAGAUUGAUUAUCAUACCUUGUUACCUGUUUUAUAAAAACUAGUAAUGCUUAGUUAUGCUUAUAGAUUAAGAAAAAUGUUUUUGAUCUAUGACUCAUGAUUUUUAAAAAAGAAAAAGGGCUUGGGAUGAUGGAGACAUCCUCCGCGGGGAUGAAUUCAUCAUUCAAGCAGGGUACCUCUGCCAGGUAUCAAACUUUGAGAAUUUGUUUAAAAUGAGACCAGACAUUGAGCUGGACAGGUCGCCCGUCUGUGUCGAUUAAGGACCGUACCGAUUGUUGGCCUGCUGAUCUAGGACCCUUUAUCUGGCCACAUACCUCGUCAUGGGUAAGCUUGAACCCGGCUAUUCCAUACAUGAAAAGACAAUCGCGCACUGGGAGUGGAGAGAUGGCGAGAGUGGCACGUACCCUCCUGGCAACCGACCGCCUAUAAGGGGUGGUGUGCUCUCGGGUGGCGCGGACCUGUUCAUGUGGUGGAGGAUCCGUGGGAAUGGUAGACAUGUGCAAAAGAGUUAAGGGAAGCAUAUGUCGUGUGGUUGGAGAUCCCCAGCUGGGUAUUAAUCGAUUCGGAUCGCUGAACUUCUCGGAUAUGAAGACUGGAUCUUCGACCCUCAUCGUAGAUAACAAGUGAAACUAAAGCUGCUAAAAUGAAUCUAGUGUAGGACAAGCGAAUAAUCUAGAUUAGGAAAAUCUAGAUUCAGGAAAAUUACUUAACUGGUGAAGUAAAAGCUUGGCAUAAGGAUCCACUACUAGUAAGCUUUUCUGCAAAAACGAGUCUUUGAAAUUUGAUAAGCUUUACCUUGAUUCCCAAUAAACCAGCAUACCCUUGAGAGUCUUUUCUUUAGUCGGGUAAGUCUUGCUGAGUAAUUGCGUACUCAGGGUUUUAUUCCCUGUUGUUUUUCAGGUUGUAAUUUUGUUCUGUUGUGGAUGGUGCUAAGUGCCGGUGGGCUCGGCCUUCUUAUAUAAGUAUAUCCCUUCUAUAGUUUCUUUAAUGAGGAUUGUCACUUAAGCUAGCAUGUAUUUCAAAUUUACAAAUAUUAUAUAACAUUUUAAAGUGUAAUUCUUUUGAAACACUUUCUUUUGUAAUCACUCCGAUGAGGUAUAAUAUCAUCUUGAUAAAUUUGUAAUCAUUUUGUAAUAAAGAUUUUAUUUCCGCUGCAAGUGUUUGUAUGUGAGUUGUGUUUACUUAAUCCUGCGAUCUUGGCGGUAAGUGGUUUAUCCGGGGUCCUUGGGACACUCGGACAGAUCCUGUUAAGUUGUUUGACGCACAUGCAUAGCCGUUUGAGGUCCUUGGGACAAGGACAGGUGCAUGUGGGCCCAAUAGCUUGGGAGGUUCUGCCACAAAUCCGAAGCUCUUGCUCAUCUCCCGACAGACAGAAAUCUCCUUGCUGUCAGGGAGACAAUACAGGAAGUCUUCUUCUCCACUGCCGUUGAAUAUUAACUCCCCCUUUGGAUACUUCAGUUUUUGGGCGUAAAGCUGGGCCUCUUGCUUUUCUUUUACUGAUAAUUUUUUCCCCGAAGCAUGUCGAACAAUAUAAUCAAGGACUUUGGGGGAUGCUUCGGGGGCAACAGCACUGAUUUCUUCAACAAGAAUUGGCUCCGUCAUUUUUUCUUCCUCGGUUUCCAAGGAUUUUACCUUCGUGGGCUCUGAGGGCCCAGCUUCAGCCUCAGUUUCUUGCUCUGGAGCCUUAGUAUCAAAAAUCUCAGUUUUCGCUUCGGAAGUUUCAACAGUCUUCUUCGGAGUUGUGCUUGAGGACUUAAUUGUCUCCAGAACAUCUAGCACAUUGGCCAUUCUUUUUCUUUUCGGAGUUACCGCUGGCCUCUUUUGGUUUUUUAUUGUCUCAACAUUUGCUGAAGGACUUAAAACUUCUGAUAUUUUUGAUCCCUCGGUUGAUCCUUUUGCUUCUUCCAUUUUUUCUGUCGAUGGCGCUUCGGCCAUCUCUUUGGUUUCUGAUAACAAAAUCUUUGGUUCUUCCAAUUCUGUUCUUGUUGGCGCUUCGGCCAUUUCUGCAAUUUCUGGCAGCAAGGUUGGCUGUUCAGCCUCGGUGGCCGAAGAGGUCUCUCUGGUGAACUCAGGCACCGAGGCUGGUUCAAUAUAGCGUGGCCGAUGUGUGAGGACCUUUAUCCUUUUUCUUUUCGGUGCUGGCUCACUAGGAGCAGCUGCAGCUUCUUCUUUCGCAGAGGUCGUGCCUUUUCUUUUCUGCCCUCGAAUGGGAUAACGAUAGUCAGGGUAGACGAACCCGAUUGCUCAAACACUCGGUUCAGUCUUUUCUUUUUCCGGCCUCCGAAGGCUGCUGACAAUGCAGUAUCUUCGGCCUUCGAGUAAGCCCCAAGUAGUUCAUCACUUAAAUUUUCAAUGCUUUUUAGCCAGUCAUCAUCUGACUCAACGAAUUUAUCUCCGAACUUGAAAGUAUACUUCAGCCUGAUAAGUCCACCUUCGUCAGCCUCCUUUAUGGUCUCUUGCGGCAUUUCCCAUUUUUCCGUGAGCGGCCAUACUCUGAAGGCAAUAUGCUCUUGGACCAAAUCUCUCGUUCCAAUAAAAGAACAAAUAACUCCGAAGGCUCUCUGGCAUUCUUCGGCAGCUUCAUUCAUUUCAACCUUCGGCCUCCGCAGGCUGAAGCUUUGCCAAAUAGGGCGCAUAAUUAUACCUUUAAUAUUUUCCCGUGUUUUCAGGUCAUUCUUCACAUAAAACCAUUCUGUCAUCCAGUCGCCGGGCCAUCUCUUCCGAAAGGUUGGCACGGGACAGCUUGACCCAGACCGAGAAACGAAACUGUAGCAGCCAAAAUUAUUGUGAUACUGUUCCUUACCCCAAGGUUUUGUCUCGUAUGAUAAUUCGUGUAUGUUGCAGAAACUUUUUGCAUCAGGUUCCAGACCUUAGCUUCUCACGGCCCACACGAAGAUAUUCAGCCUUAUGAUUGCUUCGGGGGUAAGUUGGUGAAGAUAGACUUCAAAUAUUUUCAGCACCUCUACGACAAAGUUGCUCAGGGGAAAUCGAAGUCCAGCUUUCAAAAAGCUUCGGUACACUACAACUUCAUUUUCUUCAGGGUUCGGACAAGUCUUUUCUCCUUCGUCGGCCCUCAUAACGGACAAGUCCCAGAAAUAUCUUCCUCUCAUGUUGACAAGAUGAUUUUCUUUGAUACUUGAUUUGCCGAAAACCGCAUGGCUUGGUCGCCAAGGGCGAUCUUCGGAGUCUUCACCACCACUAUCCACAUCAUAACUGUCGCUGUCAUCAGUAUCUUCAGACAAACCUUCUAAAAUCUCUUUGGUGAUUUUUUUCUGUAUUGGUCUUCGACAUUGCUAUAAGAAACCCCAGAUUCUUCUCUUCAGAGAGACUCAGCUUCAUCUCAGCAGCAGCCUUCUUAUCUUCAGACAUCUUCGAAAACACUAAAAAACUGUUUUCAACGCCGAAGCUUCAAAACUUAAAAAGCUAAGCAAAUCUUGGUGCGCAAGAGCUAAAAAUUGAGUGAGCGAGAGCAGAUGGCAAAAAAGCGUACCAAAUGAGCUCACGGUAUGCCCUUAUUUAUACGCCCAGUGCGUUGAAAAUUGAAAGACCCCGCCUGUCAGUGAAUGUUGCUAUUCUAGCAAAGGGAAGGUGUUUUUUCGGACCUUCGGCUUAAAACCUUCGUCCAUGUCGCAAUCUAAAUUUAUUAUUUUAACAAAUUAAUAUUGCGAGGGGCUACUGUUGGGGGCCUUCGGCUUCCGAAGGUCCUCAAAAACAGGAUUUAACAGUGUUUCUGGAGUAUAAUGUGUGAACAGGUAUCUUCAGACUCGAGUCGAUAUCACAGUAGGAGAAGCCCAAAAUAAUACGAAGGUUGAUACAACGCCGAAGAUGUGAGCGGGAAAGCUUCGGCGUGGUAGCAGAAAAGGAAACCGACUUAAAGAUGAAAAGGCUAUUCAGACCUCGGUGGAUUACUAUAGAAUUACUACCAAAUGUAAAGGGCAUGAAUGUAAUUUUAUAUGGGCUGUGUCCCGUGCCUAUAAAUAGGUAAACAGUACCCCCGUACUGUUCACGCUGACUUGGCAUUUGCUUUUGCGUCACACUUGUACUUUCAUCUCCUUCCAAGCCGAAGGUACAUUUGUAAUUUGAUGUCAUUUCUAUUUCUUCAUAAUAAUAAUGCAAAAAUAAGUUGAUAAUAAUAUAUAAUUGUCUAUGUUAUCCUUCAUAUUUCAUAUAGUUCAUUCUCCAUCAUCGUAUGUUGUGUUUAUGAAGGUGCGCCCUUCAUAACCUUCGUCCGAAAAUCAUUAUAUCCUAAGGGAAAUAAUGCUUCGAAGGACGAAGGACUUUACCGUUUAACAUUUUCUGUGUUGCCUUGUUCUUAACUCAUAGCAUUUGAGAACAAGUCCCCAACAAACUCCACUCGGUAUAGGAGUGUUGUGGAAGCACUCUAGUAUCUAUCGCUCACUCAACUAGAUAUUUCGUUCUCGGUAAAUCGUGUUUGUCAAUAUAUGGUUGUCCCUACUUCAGUGCAUUGGACUGUAGUUAAACGUAUUCUUCGUUAUCUCCGGGACAAAUUGAUUAUAGCUUGCAUUUUAUUAAGACCGGAAUACUGGAUCAUUGCUAUUUAGCGCCUUUUCAAUGCAGAUUGAGCUGGUAAUUUGGAUGAUUGACGUGGGGCAACCUAAUCUCAGGGGUGCCGAAGUUGAUGUGAAGAGGCCGGCACCGCCCUGGUUCGGACGGAAGUUGACUGAUUCACAGAAGAAGAAAGGUUCAGCUGACUGCUGCUGCACUGCGUCUCUCUCACACACACAAAAAUGCUUGUCUGAUUUUCAUGCACUGUUGGUCAUACUCAUACAGUUAUUACUCAAUUUUAUUCACCUUGCUGCUGUCAUGCACAGAUUCUAGAAUCGUACAGAAACAAAUUUCCCUAUGGCUUGUUGAAACCGAUUUGGUAUAAGUCACUGAACUUUUGUGUUCAAGCAGAGCAAACUACACGUCUUAAUGGAGUUGAUAAAAAGAAUGUUUCCUUCGUUAAGCCGACUGUACCGAAAGCCAUAACUGCUCCCACUAUGGGCUGACAGUUUUUGUGGUUGGAGUGAUCCAUGGUCCAGCUCAUGAUAUCAGCCAUCGUUCUCAGCUUACUCAAGCGGCUUGUAACUCUUAAUUGAGCCGAUAAAAAAGGACAUUUUUCCUUCAUUAAACCCUGCUUUAAUUAGUUUGUGACUUAAGCACGAGAGUGACCUGACCUGCAAAGUCCUUGCCUUCAGUGUCAUCUUUCUCUAGGAUCAGCUCAUCUACCACAGACCAAAGUUGGCUCCUGCCCUGCCCACACGCCAGACAGAGAGAUAUCAGAUAUGCAUCAGCAUUACACGCACAAAAGCAGAGACAGGUGGUUAAAAAUUAGUUGGAACAAUAUGAGCACGGAUCCAUAUAUAUAGAUGCCAGGGAACUUGUUAGGCCUGCAUCGCCAUUUGCAACGAGCAGUCUGACGGUACUUAGAACAACAGCAGAACAAAAGAAGUAUAUUCAGAUAUAUAUAUAUCUCGGUAGAAGUGUAGCAGAGGUGACCAUGAGCUACUGGGGAAGCCCAGGCGGGGCGCCGUCGUGGGCGGCGAGCCGGGGGCCGUCGCCGGUGGUGCCGCUGCUCGUGGUGGCGGCGCUGGGAUGGGUCAUCUGCCAAGAGACCCUGAUGGGGUGGUACGAGCAGGUGACGGAGGUGCAGGAGACGGUGGCGGACAACGCCGUGCUCCUGGUCCUCGGCGCCGGGGUGCUGCUGCUGGCCCUGGCCGUGGCCGGCAACCGGAGCGAGGUGGUGCUAGUGCCGGCGGCGCUGGUGCUGGUCAUGUUCCUCAUCCAGAACAUCGUGCUCGCCGCUCUCCUGCUGCUGGUCGUGGUCUACUUCGCCGGAAUAUACUACUACAGGCCGGACAGAGGGUACGGGUACGGGUACGGCGGUGGUUUUGGCGGCGGCGAGUGGGGCAGCGGCGCGGGCACCGGGCUGGGGUUGUACAUGCUGCUGCUACUGUGCCUGCUACUGUGCGCCAUGUUCUCCGACAGCGGCGGCAGCUGGUGGAUCCCAGCCGUGCUGCUGGUCGCGUGCGUGCUCUGCCUCAAUCUCUUCUCCGGCGGCAAAGUCUGGGGAUAUGGGUACUCCUGAGUUCUGGGCAUGCUUUUUCCAGGGCAGAAAGAAGUAUAUGGCCAUCACUGUGCUCGCAUAAUGUAUAAUUAACUAAACUUGUAAUUUUAACUUUGCCAAACAUACCUAGUACUGUUGUUUUGCAUGCUUGGAUUUGUCUCAGAUACAAACUGGUUUGCAAAAUGCAAAGCGGUGUUAUAUACUAUAUAGUAUCAGACAUA